AUGGAAAAUGGCAGUGCAAUUAAAACUAGUACUUUGUGGAUCACCUCAGAAACAGUUACACCCGAAGAGGUUACUACUACUAUUACUAUUACUACUACUACAAGUUCAGAUGUAUCAGAAUCCUCUGAUGAAUCAGAGUCAGGAAAUAAUAAUGUAGCAACUAAAGUGUCAUCUGCUGUCCCUGAACCUGCAACAUCUCCAGAAGUAAUCACAACUUCUCCUGAAGCAGAAACAACCACAACCAGUGUCAGAGUGACAGAGGCACCUGAAGAAACAACAAAUCAAGGCUGUGGUAACAACGGAGAGGUCAACAACUCAGAACAGAAAGUACCAGUUGUUGACAAUGAACCUAUGACUACUACCACAGCUGCACCCACCACCACAAGUACCACAACUGCACCUACCACUACCAGUACCACAACUGCACCUACCACUACCACUACCACAACUUCCACCACUACCACCACCACAACACCUGCUCCAGUCUUCGUCUGUCCUAAUGGAUGGUCGAGAUUUGCUGACUCCUGCUACCUCGUUUCUUCAGUCAAAGGCUCCUGGGAAUCGGGAGAAAAGUAUUGCAAGAAUAUCGGUGGUUCCUACGUCACGAUCAGCUCCUCAGCUGAGCAAAACUACCUUAAAAGUCUUGUGCGCGACAACACCUGGAUUGGUUACAAUGACAGAGCCAAAGAAGGAACCUUUGUUUGGUCUUCAGGGGAAAACUCCAGUUACAAGGCAUUUGCCAGUGGAGAGCCCAACAACGGCGGAAUCUUCAGCUCAGAAGACUGUGUCGAGAUGCGCAAGAAAGAAGGUUACCUGUGGAACGACGAGGGCUGCUCCAAUGAUAACUAG